AUGUCAAGUGAUUUAGAGAUUCAGGCGAUGCCUGAAUCAUUAAAGGGAAUCAAGCAUAUCGUCUUGAUUUUAUCUGGGAAAGGUGGUGUUGGAAAGUCUUCAGUGACUACUCAGACGGCUUUGACGUUAUGCCUUAAGGGAUUCAAAGUUGGGGUCUUAGAUAUUGAUUUGACUGGACCUUCUUUACCCAGGAUGUUUGGUAUGGAGAAAAAACAGGUGUACCAGGACUCUCGAGGCUGGAUUCCUGUUAGUGUACCUGUAGGAUCUAGUGGUUCCGGAGAGUUGAAACUCAUGUCUUUGGGGUUCUUGUUAGAUGAUAGAGGGAACAGUGUCGUAUGGCGUGGUCCUAAGAAAAGCUCUAUGAUUAAACAGUUUAUAAAAGAUGUAGACUGGGGACAAUUGGAUUACUUAAUCAUUGACACACCUCCAGGUACAUCAGAUGAGCAUAUAUCUAUUGCAGAAGAGUUAAGGUGGGCUGCUCCAGAUGGUGCUAUAAUAGUUACCACUCCUCAGGGGGUUGCUACUGCCGACGUACGGAAAGAGAUUAACUUCUGCAAGAAGGUUAAUUUCAAUAUAAUAGGUGUUGUCGAAAAUAUGUCUGGUUUUAUAUGUCCGCAUUGUGCUGAAUGUACCGACAUUUUUUCUCGUGGAGGAGGUUUCAAGUUGGCUCAGGAGUAUAAUAUUCCUUACCUUGGUAAUAUUCCAAUUGAUCCUACUUUUGUUGAGUUGAUUGAGAAACAAACCGGGUAUAAAGAAAGUUUGGUAGAUCUUUAUAAGGACUCUAGCUUGUACACUAUAUUCUCACAAAUCAUAGAUAAGGUAGUGUCUGGCGAGUGA